GAGAGAGAGGUAGAUGGAGAAAAUGAAGGAAGAGGGUGCAGGGGAUGAAACCCAUGUUUUACUUUUCCCAUUUCCAGCUCAAGGCCACAUAAACCCAAUGCUGCAAUUCUGUAAGCGUUUAGCCUCAAAGGGACUCAAAGUUACCAUAGCCAUGACCCUCUUCACCAUCAAGUCUGCACACAAUAAAGUCAGCAAUAAUGUUAGAGUUGAAGCUAUAUCUGAUGGCUUUGAUGAAGGUGGCAUUAAGGAAGCUGAAAGCCCAGGUGCUUAUCUUGAGCGUUUCGAGGUCGUAGGUUCACAAAGCUUAGCUGAACUAAUCGAGAAACAAGAAAGCUGUGAUUCCCCUUUCAGGUGUCUCAUCUAUGACUCUGUUUUACCUUGGGCACUAGAAGUAGCCAAGCGAUUUGGCUUGGUCACAGCUACCUUCUUCACUCAGUCUUGUGCCAAUGAUGCCAUCUACUACAAUGUGAAGAAAGGGUUGUUGAGUAUUCCUGUAGAAGGACCCACUGUCUCCCUACCUGGAUUGCCAAUACUAGGAAUCCAUGAUCUACCAUCCUUCAUCUAUAACUGGGGUUCAUAUCCACAUUUUCUAGAUGUUUGUUUGAAUCAGUUCAAAAAUGUUGAGAAAGCAGAUUGUCUCCUCCUUAACACAUUUGACAAGUUGGAAGAUGAGGUACUGAAAUGGAUGUCAAAGAUAUAUGCAAUCAAGACAAUUGGACCAACUGUGCCAUCAAUUUAUCUGGACAAACGGGUAGAAGAUGACAAAGAUUAUGGUCUGAGUCUUUUUGAGUCAAGCAUGGAGACCUGCAUGGAUUGGUUAAAUAUGAGAGAAGCUGGAUCUGUUAUUUAUGUAUCCUUUGGGAGCGUUUCUGAACUUGGAGAGGAGCAGAUGGAGGAACUAGCAUUUGGUUUGAGGAAUAGCAAUCAUUAUUUCUUAUGGGUAGUGAGGAAAUCUGAGGAAAACAAGCUCCCUAAGAGUUUGGUUGAUGAGGAUAAGUACUUCGAGAAAGGGUUGGUAGUAGCAUGGUGUUCUCAAUUGGAGGUGUUGGCUCACAAAGCAGUAGGAUGUUUCAUGACUCACUGUGGAUGGAACUCGACAACCGAGGCUGUGAGUUUGGGGGUGCCGAUGAUCGCGAUGCCACAAUGGACAGAUCAAACCAUGAAUGCAAAGUUUGUGGUGGAUGUAUGGGAAGUAGGAGUAAGAGUUAAAUUGGAUGAGAAGGGGAUUGUUAGGAGGGAAGAGAUAGAGAAAUGUGUAAAGGAAGUUAUGGAUCAGGGAGAUAGAGGAGAAAUGAUUAAGAGAAAUGCUUUUAGGUGGAAGAUGCUGGCCAAAGAAGCUGUAGAUGAAGGGGGGAGUUCAGAUAAGAACAUUGAAGAAUUUGUAGUUUCACUUUUAUGUGCUUGAUUGUGUUGUUCUCAUUAAAGAAUUUGUAGUUGUUUCUUUUACAAGCACUUUAAUAUGGUUGAAAUUUAUGACAUUUUGUUG